AUGCCGAUUCUAGGUAGAAACCCAUUUGGUCAUCAUCAUCAUUCGUCUUCAUCGACUCAUUUAAAUGAAAAAUUGGAUUCUAAUGGCUCUUCUCCAAAUAGAACAGGAAAUUCAAUCAAUAAUAACAGUAGUAAUGUUAAUAACCAUAGCCAUAUGACUCAACCACCUAUUAGAAGAAGUUCAAAAUCAUUCUUAAGUUUCAUGAGUAGGAAACCUUCAUUGGAAUCAAUCAGAAGUGAAAAAUCAACAGAUUCGUUAGUGAAUAGUCCCACAACGUCUCAUAUAAUGAAUUCAAUGCAAGAUAGCCAUCAACAACAGCAUACUCACAAUUUAAGCCAUGGUCAUAUGCAUGAUAAUCACAUGUCACCUAAACCAACUCACUCAAUGGUAGAAUUGAAAAGAUUUUUCAGAUCAUCUAAAAUUAUGUCAAUGACUCAUGGUCAUAAUAAUAAUAAUACUACUACUACUAAUCAUUUGCAUGGUACACAUGGUGGAAGUGCGGUGAGUAGUUCUACUACAAACGUACCAUCGAUGUCAAGACAUACUCAGACACAAAAGGGUUCCUCAGUUAAUAAUCAUCAUCCUCAUUCAACAACUCAGUUGAAUUUGAAUUCUCAUUUUCAAAUGACUGCGAAUGAUCAUCAUGGCCAUACUCAAUCCGCUAUACCUCCAAGUUCCGAUUCGAUUUUAUCGUUGUCUAAUACUAUCAACAUUUAUCACGAUGAUACUAUUUUAGCUCAGAAAUAUGGUAGACUUGGGAAAACUUUGGGGUCAGGUGCAGGUGGUUCUGUAAAAGUAUUAGUGAGACCCUCUGAUAAUGCAACUUUUGCAGUCAAGGAAUUUAGACCAAGAAAGGCUAAUGAAUCUGUGAAACAAUAUGCUAAAAAAUGUACUGCCGAAUUUUGUAUCGGUUCAUCUUUACAUCAUCCAAAUAUUGUAGAGACUAUCGAUAUCUUCUCCGAUUCAAAUCAAUUUAAAUAUUUCCAAGUUAUGGAAUUUUUACCUAUAGAUUUCUUUGCAGUAGUAAUGACCGGUCAAAUGUCCAGAGGUGAAAUCAAUUGUUGUUUGAAACAAUUAUGUGAAGGUGUCAGAUACUUACAUUCAAUGGGUCUCGCUCACAGAGAUUUAAAAUUGGAUAAUUGUUGUAUGACUGAACAGGGGAUCCUAAAGAUUAUUGAUUUCGGUAGUGCCGUCGUCUUCAAAUAUCCUUUUGAAGAUGAACAAAGAACUCAUAAUGCACACGGGAUUGUUGGUAGUGAUCCAUAUUUGGCUCCAGAAGUAAUCACAUCCACGAAAUCUUACGAUCCUCAAGCUGUAGAUGUUUGGUCGAUAGGUAUAAUCUUCUGCUGUAUGAUGUUAAAGAGAUUCCCUUGGAAAGCUCCUAAAUUAUCAGAUGAUAAUUUCAAAUUGUACUCUAUGCCUGAUGACAUUGAAAGAGACUAUACUCAGUCAGCUAAACAUCAUGAACAGUUGUUAUCUGAAAGAAGAAGAUAUCGUGAAAGAACGAGUCAUCCAGAAGGUUGCGAAGAUAUAGAGAAACAACAUAACGAUGAUGACACUGACAACAACAAUAAUGAUAACAAUGAGGAGCAUGUCUCAAAGGAUGUUGCAAACAUCAAACAAUUACCUACUCCACAAGAGGAGGACAUUCCAAAUAAUGAUACUACUAUUAAUAACUACCAACAGGAACAUUUAAAUACUGUUCCUGAAGAUGAACAUAAGAAAGGUGAUACAUCAAACGGUAGUACUGACAAACAUACUAUUGAAAAUAUUACGAACCAAACACUAACGAAUCCUCCCGUUAAAGAAGUUAAUGAUAACAAGAGCAACAACAAUAUCACACAAAAAGUUAAGAUUGAUGACCAUAAUGAAAACAAACAACAACUGCAACACGCUGAAAAGGAAAAUAAUGACAAAAACCCAGUCCUUCAACAUAAUGAGACUAUACCAGAUAACAAGUCUAUAUCAUCUACUAGAACUGCUGCUACUUCACAUACUCAACACAACGGACAUCCCCACAAGAGAGUAAUACAUGGACCUUAUAGAUUAUUACGUUUAUUACCUCAUGCUUCUAGACCUAUUUUGUCUAGAAUCUUGGAAAUUGAUCCAAGUAAGAGAGCCACCCUUGAUGAAGUAUUUGAAGAUGCUUGGUUCGAUGAAAUUCCAAGUUGUACUAUGGACAACAAAAACAACGUCAUUAGAGCCCACGGUCACCAUCACACAAUUGUGAAGGAUUCGAAGACCUAUAAAAUUUAA